ACUAUUCUCUUUGGUGAUUAUUCUCGUUAUCGUCGUCAUUCUCGUCGUCGUGGAAACAAUGAAGAUGUCACACUGUUAAGAGUCACACGUAGAACAUGCUCGCAGAACAGACGUAGCGGGUGAUUCUACCUUUAGCUCCAGACGCCGGUUCUGAGUGAGCUAACCUUCACAGUGAGGGUUCCUCUUAUCUAUUUGAUCAUUGUUCAUCGGGCCUGAAGCAGUGGUACAGAUUGACAGAACGAUGAAGUGGCUCGGUGCGAGUAGCGCUGGUGCUGCGGGUGAACCGGCACCUUCUAUGCAGUUGCACCAUCCUUCCGCGAAUGGACACAUACCCACGGAUGCAGAGCAAUGUGGCCAAGUGAUGGCUGGUGGUGACAGUAUGCGUAUACAGCCUGGUCAAACACAUCAGAUAGGCGUGAACAGAACCCAAGAUGACGCUAUGGUGGGUUAUGUGUUUCAACGACCUACAGAAGCAGAAUUUAAUGCCCAGUCUUCAACUUUUCAAACAAAACAGGCACCACGUGCUUGGGCCCUUGCAGAUGAUGCUAUUAUUGAUAAUAAUCCAGAAAAAUGGAAAUAUCCCAUUACUAAACUGAGUGUACCACAACAGAAUCAACCGCAACAAUUGGGUCUGCAAACAAUGAACAAUGUUCACCUACCCUAUGAAAUUCAUCCAAUGCAACUUAAAAGUGGAGCACCAGGAGCAGAACAUUUAGUUUAUCUUAAUAAUCAAAUGACAGCACAGCAACAAGUUGCCCUCUUUCAUCAUCAACAGCAUCAACAACAGCAACAAUUCAGGAAUGGCCAGAUCGCUCCCUCGGCAAAAAAGCUUUGGGGCGUGGACGAGGGCGGCUCCAAGGACGAAGGGGGUGUAAAAGGCGGUGGGAUACUUCACCUGGGCGACCACCAGAUGUGGCGAGAUUCUACCUGGAGCACCUCAGAUCAUGCCGUCUCACAACCGAUUUCCAUGGGCACAGGUAGACGCGUGGGCGUCGGGACCGGAUAUCAUCAUCAAACGUCAGAAGUUGGCACGGUCCUUAGCCCCAGAAGCAGUGAAACGGGUGGUCUGGGUGUUAAAAUGGUGGAAUACGUCCUUGGAUCAAGCCCUACGACACCUAAAGAUUUGGAACCCCGGAUGGUUUCUUUGAGAUUGAACACCGAUCCAGACAAGAAAGAAAAAGAGAAGGGCUCGGCAAGUCCUUUUGACAGUUCUAAAGACGAUACUGGUCCACAAAACAACGGAUUAGCAUCCCAGAAUGGUCUCGAUGACGACAAAGGGUUUAAUCGCACACCCGGGAGUCGCCAACCCUCCCCAGGCGAGGAAGAAUUUCAGAAGAACGCAGCGGCGACUCUGGCUGUGAGUGCUGGCGGUGGCGGUGUCGUGUUGCUGAAACCCGGCGUCGAUGUGGUCGGCAGCGAGGAACAUUUCAUGGCCGCCUUUGCCCCGGCUCCGCCACAUCAUCUGCAACAUCAUCAAGCUCCACCGACUCAUCAUCUCCAACAUCCACACUCGCACGCGGCGCAGCUCUUUGGCGCACAGGCUCCGCCACCCCCACAGGGCCCUCCGCCUUCGCAGCAGCAACAACAACAGCAACAGGGACCCCCGCAGCCGCAAGACACCACCACUCACUUUGAUGUUCAGCAACUGUUCCGCAGUCAGCCUCAAGGAGCCACGCCGCAGCAACUGCAGCUGCUGCAGCAACAGCAACAACAACAGCAACAGCAGUACCUGGCCGCCUCGCAGGCUCAGCAGCAACAGCAACAGCAACAACAACAGAACUUUCCCACGGCACCGUAUACCGUGAUCAGCGGACAGGAACCCUAUGUCGGGGCAUUGAUAGCCGGUGCACCACCGCCAGUGGUGCCACAGUAUUAUGGAGUCGCGCCAUGGGUUUAUCCAGCCGGAUUGCUGCCGCAGGCACCUCCUCAAGCUGCCGCUCCACCGCCACCGAGGCGACCGCUAACACCAUCCUCGGCCGCAGCCGCGGCAGCUGCCGCUCAAGACACUGCAAAUAAUUUGGCCCAGACCGUUCAAGGCCAGUAUCAGGUAAUACCGGCGUAUUACGAUCAAAAUGGAUCCAUCGUGAUGGGCGGGGUGCGCGGCCUGAGCUCCGCUGCAACCCCCAUGAGAUUAGUCAGUCCAGCGCCUGUUUUGGUAAACAGAGCCCCGUCGCAACCACCACCGGGACCACCGGCUCCACCACCGCCGAGUCUAUACUCUCAGCCGACUCCUACGUCACACAGUAACGCAACACCCGGAGAGUGUUUGGGUCUGGCGGCGUGCAGUGCAGCAGCAGUGGUUGCACAGGCUCAAGCAGUCGCGGUGCAGCAGGCACAACAGCAAGGAUCAGGACUAGCCGCAGGUUUAGCGGCACUAGGAUACGGCGGAUCCCCUCUGGGGGCACUGGGCUCGCCCGCUCAGCUUCAGAGCACAGGUUUAGGCCUUGGCGCUUCGUCAACUGCGCGAAGAGAUUCGUUCGAUAGAAAUACGUCUGCUUUCAGUCCUAGUUUAGAAUACAGCCGCGCGAAGUGGCCCCAGAGUUACGGAGCACUAGGCACGGUAACGGCAUCGCCAAGCCCAUUAGGAUUAUCCUUAACACCGCCACCAACUUUGGGAGGAUCUUUAGGUGGACUCGUCGGUGGAGCCAGUCGAGUGUCAGCUGCCCCCGGCGCUGAGGCCAAGUUCCGAGCUAGCGCGGUACCAGCUUUGACGGCCAACGGGGUUUUCGGCUCCAGUAGCUCUCUUUUCCCGAACUUGGUGGGCAAACCUGGCCGCGGUGGCACGACUAGCAUCGGGGAUAAAAAUGCCGGUGGACGAUCACGCUUGCUGGAAGACUUCAGGAAUAACCGAUUCCCGAGUCUUCAACUACGCGAUCUGGCCAAUCACAUAGUCGAAUUCAGUCAGGAUCAGCAUGGUUCCCGUUUUAUUCAGCAGAAAUUAGAACGUGCCUCUGCCAGCGAAAAGCAGCUUGUGUUCCAGGAGAUCCUUAAUUCUGCUUACUCACUGAUGACCGAUGUUUUUGGGAAUUAUGUUAUUCAGAAAUUCUUCGAAUUUGGCACGCCCGAACAGAAAUCUACCCUUGCCCAAAAGGUUCGGGGACACGUGUUGCCCUUGGCACUGCAGAUGUACGGGUGUAGAGUGAUUCAGAAGGCUCUGGAAUCGAUCGGACCAGAACAGCAGCAAGAGAUAGUCCGGGAACUGGACGGACACGUUUUGAAAUGCGUGAAAGAUCAAAAUGGAAAUCACGUUGUGCAGAAAUGCAUCGAGUGCGUCGAGCCACGAGCACUACAGUUUGUAAUCGGAGCCUUCGCCGGGCAGGUUUAUUCCUUGAGUACUCAUCCCUACGGUUGUAGAGUGAUACAACGUAUUCUCGAGCACUGCACUCCUGAACAAACUCAGGGAAUCUUGCAAGAGUUACACGCUGCUACCGAUCAACUCAUUCAAGAUCAAUAUGGCAAUUACGUGAUCCAGCAUGUGCUUGAACAUGGAAAACCGGAAGAUAAGGCCCAGUUGAUCAGCAGUGUUAGGGGUAAAGUACUUACUCUCUCGCAACAUAAAUUUGCCAGCAACGUUGUUGAAAAAUGUGUAACCCAUGCUACGAGACAAGAGCGUGCUGUACUCAUUGAAGAAGUAUGCGGAUUUAACGACAACGCAUUGAACGUCAUGAUGAAGGAUCAGUAUGCUAACUACGUGGUUCAGAAAAUGAUCGAUGUAGCAGAACCGGCACAACGUAAAGUAUUGAUGCACAAGAUCCGCCCACAUUUAGGUAGCUUGCGCAAGUUCACCUACGGCAAGCACAUCAUUGUCAAGCUAGAGAAAUUUCUCAUGAAAACUGCAUCCGCGAUAGGGGUGACAACACCUGCCGGUGCUUCGAGUGGUGGCGGUGAUCUGGGUCCUAUUGGACCGCCUGCUUCUGCUGCUGGUCCAGUAUCUACACCAGCUCAGCAGCCAACGCAGGUUUUAUAAGCGUACGGUUUCGGAAAGUAACAACUUGAAGAUCUUCGUACGUUCAAGAUAACACGUACCAAGACCUACGUAAUAUUUAUGCAACGUAUCUAGCGCCAUUAAAUUUAAUGGGCGAGGAAAAAAAAAAAGAAAGGAUGCAUUUCGGUGUGCCGUCUAUCUCGUUGCCCAUUCUUGAUUCUAUAAAUUCGAAAGAAAGAAAGGAAAAAAAAAAAUGGAAAGAAAGAAAGAAAGAUGAACGUAUUCGUGUAAGACGAGAAAAGAACUACCGAGAUGAUUUUUCUUAUUUUUGCAAAACCGUAAAGAAAUAAAUGGGGUAACUAACAAUUUGUACAGAAUGGCAAGGAUGGACAACGCGAAAUCACGGU